AUGUUUUCGACUGUCGUUGUGGCCCUCGCAAUCGCGGGCCAUGCUGAGUCGGCCAUGGACCAUUUGCAGCUGCUGCAGCAGAAGAUGGUCCUAGCUCCGGAGAAGCGAUGGAAGCGCUUGCGCGCUGCUGAACCGCUGAAUUGGAUCCACUUCCCGAAAUGCGGCAGCUCAUUGCUCAACGUCAUCAUCCACAUGCCUGGCUUCUGCCCAGUCCUGGACAACGUCACGAUGAGCGCCGAGAUCCAAGGCCCUUGUUUCCUGAACACUUGGUUGCCACAAGCUUGUCAGCAGCAGUGCAACACGGACUACUUCUUCUGUGGUAGGCCGCACCAUCCGGUUGGCAAUUACUCCGGGCAGGGAGGCCAUCUGGUCGGUAUGUUCCGAGAUCCCGACCAGCGAAUCCUCUCGGGCUACCAUGACAAGCUGCCUUUCGCAGGCCCCAUUAACACUUCAGACUAUAUAAAAACUAUUGUUGAAGGGGACUGUGAUCUUGAGGAACUCGCAAGAGCCAUGUCUUUGCCGAAGAGGCCCAUUCAUGAAUUUGCUGAGUCGUGGAAAGGUGGUAUGACGUAUCAGCUGCUGGCACCUGCAGAUGAACAGGCGAUGGACCCAAACCGAAGAAAGAUGACGCGGGAAGAUGCAGUGGAGGCAGCCCGAAGAGUGACGGAAGGCUUUGCGUUUGUGGGCAUCACAGAAGAGUGGGACUUGUCAAUGUGCCUUUUUCACAAGACCUUCGGGGGAGCUUGUCGUGCCUCAGACUUCGCGAACACGAGGCCCACCUUUUCAGGGAAGUCUGCGCACACGGAUUAUGACACAUCCGAGCUCAUGGGCUGGCAUGACGACAUUGAUGAAGUAGUCUACACGGCGGCCCUAAAGGUCUUCCACAAGAACCUGAUCUUGCUUAAUGUGUCUCAUGACACCUGUCAGGAGUGCUACAGAAGUGCAGGGAGAGGAGGUCUUGCUUGA